CCCCCUUCUCACUUCUCUCACCCCUUCCACUUCCAAACCUCCAUUCCCUUCCUCUCAACAAGUGGUAAUCACUACUCCUCCCCUCAAACCAAGUUGAAGAGAGUGGUGUUACCAAGUUUGGAGGAAAAAGAAACUAAAAACUAGUAAAAAAAAAAAAAAAGUAGAGGAAAGCUCUGUUAGGAAUUGCCAUAGGAACUCAACAGAGCUACAAUUUUGGGGCGGUGGGGGGUGGCAUUAGGGACAAAGUAAUGCGCACAGGAGCUUGCACGGUCCAGCAGGCCCUCACAGCAGAGGCUGCCUCAGUUCUCAAGCUCUCCCUCAACUUGGCCAGGAGAAGAGGCCAUGCCCAGGUGACCCCUCUCCAUGUGGCUGCCACCCUUCUGAGUUCCUCCUCCUCCUCUUCUAACCUUCUAAGAAGAGCUUGCCUCAAGGCCCACCCCCAUCACCCUGCCUCCCACCCACUUCAGUGUAGGGCUCUCGAGCUCUGCUUCAAUGUGGCCCUCAACAGGCUCCCUACGACCCCUCCCCCCUCUUCCUCUGCUUCCUUGUUCCACUCACAGCCUUCUCUGUCAAAUGCCCUCAUUGCUGCCCUCAAGAGGGCUCAGGCUCACCAGAGGAGGGGUUGCAUUGAGCUCCAGCAGCAACAGCCCCAGCAGCAGCAGCAGCAGCCUCUUUUAGCCAUCAAAGUGGAGUUAGAGCAGCUCAUCAUCUCUAUUUUAGAUGACCCUAGUGUUAGCAGGGUGAUGAGAGAGGCUGGUUUCUCCAGCACCUGUGUCAAGAACAACUUAGAAGAAGGAAGCUCUGUUUUAGCCCACUCCUCUCCUCCCUUUUUCUUCGAGUCACACAAGGAGAUCUUAAGCCAGGGAAGCUUGUGGCAGUCCCAGUUCUUGAAGCCGCCUUCCGAGAUAAACGCAGUAUAUCCAUCCUCCCAAAAAGAGGACCUGAGGGUGGUUCUGGAGGUGAUGAUUAGGAAACAGGGGAGGAGGAACAACGCAGUGGUGGUGGGGGACUCUGUUUCCAUAACAGAAGGACUCGUAGCUGAGUUUAUGGGCAGGGUGGAGAGAAGGGAGGUCCCUGAUGAGCUCAAAUCCGCACGCUUCAUCAAACUCCAUCUAUCUUACGUUCACCUUAGGCUCAUGAGCAGGGAAGAGGUGGACAUGAAGGUGGAUGACCUAAGGAGAAGGAUAUUGUCCUUAGCUUCAGAUAGAGUUGGUGGGGGUGUGAUCAUCUAUGCAGGGGACUUGAGAUGGGCUGUGGAUGAGGAAACCAAAGAUGGACUGGGCUUCAGGCCAGUGGAGCACAUGAUAAGAGAGAUGGGGAGAUUGUUAUCAGAGCUUAGGAGCAGCAAUGGCAAUGGUGGUGGUGCUGUGACCAACAAGGUGUGGCUGUUGGCCACUGCCAGCUACCAGACUUACAUGAGGUGCCAGAGGAGGCAGCCAUCCCUUGAAACGCAGUGGGCGCUCCAGGCAGUGGUGGUUCCCUCGGGUGGGCUUGCACUGAGCCUCCAAGCACAAAGCGGUCUAGAUUGGAGGAUGACAAAACUCGGUCAGCAUCCUCUCCAAAUGCUAGAAUUGAAGACUUUUAACUCUAACGAGGAAGAGAAAAAGCUCAUAUGCUGUGCCGAAUGCGCUUCCAAUUUUGAGAAGGAAGCAUCAGUUUUCAAGUCAGAAAAGAGGGACACUAGCAAUGGCUCAAACCACUUGCCAAUUUGGCUGCAACCACAUAAACCAGACAGUCAUCACGAGGAUGCAUUGCCUGAAUUGAGGAGGAAAUGGAACAGAUUUUGCCUAAGUCUUCAUCAUGGCCAACAUAACCAGGCUCAUUUGUAUCCACCCUCUUUCACUCAAGGAUUCGUUGGAAAGAGCUGCACUCAUGCUUCAUCAUAUCCAUGGUGGUCUACAAGCUUACCUCACAACCAAAACAAAUCCUUCGUCGUGUCGCAUUCAACAUCCUUGCCCGAAAAUGCAAUUUAUGGAAGUGCCAGCUUUACACCCCAAAUUGCAAAUGGAACUGGGAGCUGGCAGGAGAGAGAUGCCUCAAAUAAUUGGCCUUCUGAAGUGAGUUUGAAUUUUGUGAAGAAGCCAGCAAACCAGGAGGUCAGGACUACUCUGGCUUUGGGCAGCCCUCUGUUCUCAGAUUCAGCAACAUCGAAAAACCAAAGAAGAGGAGAGAUGGCAGACCCACAAGAGUUAAGCCGGCUACUGGAAGAGAACAUCCCCUGGCAAUCCGGAACCAUUCCUUCAAUCAUCGAAGCACUGCAUGAUUGCAGAUCAAGUGAGAAGAAGGGGACUUGGCUACUGAUAGAAGGGAAUGAUCACAUUGGAAAGAGAAGACUAGCAAGGAUAGUUGCUGAGAUAUUUUGUGGAUCCAGUGAUAGGCUAAUCCACAUUAACAUGAGUACAUUGGGCAGAGGUAGCUCACGCACCGAUAUCUUCACAGAGGCCUCCAAGAAGGACCAAAAACAUGCAGUCCUUGUUGAAGGCAUCGAUCGAGCACACCCCAACAGCAUAAAAUUGAUUGCUGAAGGCAUCAAAAAUGGAUUCUCCAGGGAUGCGUUCGGUAGAGAGGCUGGCCUGGCUAAUGGUUUCUACAUUCUAACAACAUCGAGCUCUACCAAGUUCGACAAUGCUGAUGAGAAUCCUGAUGGUGCCCUGAAGAUGAGGUUGUCGGUUGAAGAAGCCAAUACUCCCCAUGAUCUGAAAAGGAGGCCUGAGAGGGAAUUGCCAGACAAAUCGAAGAAAUCUAGGACAGAGGAGAGCAGCCUUGACCUAAACCUCUGCGCUCAGGAGGAGGAGGUGGACCAGAGGGAUAACGAAGAGGAUGGUGUUCCCAGUGAUCUGACAGACGAGACAGAAACUGGCGAUCCGAAUCUCCCAUAUGAGCUUCUUGAAUCAAUGACAACUCGUUUCACCAUGAAUGCAAGCCCCGACCGGUUCUGCCGGCUGUCGGAGAGCCUCCUGUUGAAGCUCCACCAGGCAUUCGAGGAGGUGGUGGGCAGUGAAGAAGGGACGGGGCAGUUGUGCGUGGAUCAGAUGGCAGUGGAGGAGCUGAUCAUCGCCUCUGGUUCAUUCCUGGAGAGCUUGUUGGACAAGUGGGUGAGACAGGUUUUUCAAAUGAGCUUGGCAACGGUCAAAAAGAGCGGGAAGGUGAGGUUGGGUGUCGAGGGCAAGGAGGGAAACGUGUGGGAGUUCGGUUUUCAGGGUUCUGUCCUCCCCAGCAGAAUUCAUGUGGAUUGAAGCCCCAAUCCGCCCGUCUCCCUUCCAUGUGAAAAAAUGAAAUGGCCAAAUUGCCACUUUGUAUUUUUUUUUUGGAUAUUUUUCUAUUUUAAAUGACUAGUCCCUUUUCAUAUAAUAAUAAUAGUAGUAAUAAUAGCAAUAAUAAUAAUAUUGUAAGACAAAAAGCUCUUUGGCCGGUCAUUAAUUCGGAAGUUUUUAUUUUUGCUAACCAGAGAAUCGUUCGAAGGAAGUCUUUCUUUUCAAAUAUCUAAGUCUACUACUAUCACAAAGGGUCUUGGAGAGUUGUUCGAGGCCAUGCAUUGAAAAAAUCAAUACAAGAUUAGCUUCUUGAAAAGG